AUGUUUAUUUAUUACAGAGAAAGUCUGGCAGUAUUUGAAGAAUUGUCGGAGAUUUUCUCCAAUGAAAACAAUCAGCUUGCUUCCAGAAAUCUCCUUAUGAAGGAGGCAACAGCCAAGUUUCCUGAUGUGGAUUCUGCAAAUAAAACUUUACAAAGAAGAAACCGUAUGAAGCGUCAAUCAUGGAUUGAUAAUGGAGUGGUACAGGGGACGGUACCAUACCUAGGUACGUUUCUCACGGACCUUACCAUGAUAGAUACAGCCAUACCAGACACCACCGAUUCUCUCAUUAAUUUUGAGAAACGACGGAAAGAGUUUGAAGUUUUGGCACAGAUUAAGCUGUUGCAGUCAGCGUCACAAAUCUACACUUUUCGUGAAGAUUCACAAUUCUGGUCAUGGUUUGAUGCUGUCCGUGUUUAUGAUGAAAAUGAAAGUUAUGAUCUCUCCUGUGCCAUUGAACCAGCUGCUGAUGGAGGUGCAAAAUUGAAGAAGAAAUCUUCCAGUCAACGACCAGGUAAAGCUGACACAAACAGACUGUCACUGUUUAUGUGUGCAGGGCUGAGCUUGGAUGAUAAAUCAAGUGUAGCCAGUAGUUCUAAUCAGGACUCUCCUGUUUCUCCAAAUGCACAGUUGUCUCAUUCAUCGUCUACCUCGUCUAUACAAUCCUACGACAGCGACAACUCAACACCAUUCAAAUCCUCAGAUGCCUGUGUUAUUAAAGUUUCCUUGGAAACCGGUGCUACUCCAAAAUCUCAUGUUUACAAAAGUAUCAUGUUACAUAACACAGACCAUACUAAGAUAGUCAUACAGAGAAUCCUUGAUAAAUAUGAUAUCAAAGGCAAGGAAAAGGAUUACUGUUUGCUACAAACUCUUCCUGAUGGAGAGUUGAUGAUCCCAGAGAAAGCCAAUGUAUUUUAUGCCAUGAACAAUAAUGGUGAUUAUACUUUUGUGUUACGGACUAAGAAAGAACAAGAUGCUCUAACUCAGAGCAAAAAACGAAGUAAACGAAGACUGAAACUAUCGUUGUCAUAGCAGUAGGUAGUGCAAUAAGUGUUGAUUGAUUC